AUGGAAGCUCAACAACCAGCGUUCGGUCAUGAAAGUCUUGCGUUCACAAAGUUAUCUCACUCUCAAUGGACUGAUUACUUCCUCUCUCUUCCUAUCAAUGAUUCGGAACUAGAUGUUAUUACAAGAGAGAUGGAUAUACUUAAACCUGAAGUUAGGGAGCUCCUAUCCUCCCAAGGUGACGAUGAGACAUUGAAAGAGAAGGUACUUUUGAUCCAACUGCUUCUAAGCCUUGGUCUCGCAUUUCAUUUUGAGAAUGAGAUCAGAGAUAUCCUAAAACAUGUGUUUCAAAGGAUAGAUGAUAUAACUGGUGAUGAAAAGGACUUGAGUACAAUCUCCAUUAUGUUCCGCGUUCUUAGAACAUACGGACACUAUAUGUCAUCAAAUGUAUUCAAGAGAUUUACAAAGGAUGAUGGGAAGUUUGAGGAAUCUCUUAUGGCAGAUACUAAAGGUAUACUAGGCUUGUAUGAAGCAGCUCACUUAGGAACAAAGACAGAUGAUAUGUUUGACGAAGCGUUGAGGUUUACGUCCAGCCACUUGGAGUCAUUAUUGGCAGGUGGGACAUCCGCUUCAAUCUCAAGGCUUAUAAGAAACACGCUAUACUUACCUCAGCGUUGGAAUAUGGAAGCGGUAGUUGCAAGGGAAUACAUUUUGUUCUACGAAAAAGAAGAAGAUCAUGACAAGAUGAUACUCAAAUUAGCCAAGCUCAGUUUUAAGUUACUGCAGAUGCAUUACAUCAAAGAACUGAAAACUUUUAUCAAAUGGUGGAUGGAGUCAGACGUUACAUCUAAGAUGCCAGCUCAAUUUAGAGAGCAGAUUGUGGAGGCGUGGCUAGCAGGAUUGAUGAUGUAUUUCGAGCCUCAAUAUUCAACUGGGAGGGUUAUUGCCGCUAAAUUCAACUAUCUCCUUACCAUUUUAGAUGACGCUUGCGAUGAUUAUUUCUCUAUUCAUGAGAUUACAAGGCUCGUCGAUUGUGUGGAAAGGUGGAGUCCUGAUGACGUUGAUACACUAGAAGAUAUAUCCCGAAUAGUCUUCCAACUCGCAUUGGAUGUUUUCGACGAUAUUGAAAGAGGAGUGAGGUCUGAAGGAAAACCCUACCACUUGAAAGAGAUGUUAGAAGAGCGAACCUUGAUCGAUGCAAAGGGUCGUCUAAUGGACGAUGUUACUGACUUCGAGAAGGACAUGAGUAAUGGGUUUGCUGCAAAUGCGAUCAACUAUUAUAUGAAGGAAUUUGUAGUUACCAAAGAAGAGGCUAUGCUAGAAUGUCAAAAGAUGAUUGCAGAGACUAAUAAGACCGUAAAUGAGGUGCUAUUGAAGACAACCAGUGUGCCAUUUCGGGUUCUCAAGCAAGCCCUUAACUUUGGACGCUUAUUGCAUGUCCUCUACAACAAGUCUGAUGAUAUAGACAAUUUUAGCGAAGGUAAACUCAAGGAGUAUAUAGUCACCUUGCUCGUAGGUCCAAUUUGUCUUUAA